UAUGAUAGUGCGAUCUGAUUAUGCGCUCAUCUAUCGAGUCAUACUAAAUUCAUACUAUCAUACUUCGUACGUCUUGUCCCGGGAGCUACGACGCAAAAACUGGGCUUAUCUUACAGGUAGUCCGACAGUCCACAGUCGUCAUACCUAGUAAGUGUCAGACGCACGGUCACAGCGGUUUACAGUUGCUAUUAUUUAUCUGUUAGCUGUUUGCCCGCUCCCGUUAGGUUUGAUAAUUCACGAAAAACACGACUCCGCUACGCCGUUAGUCACCUGCGAUGACUAUUUUAACGUUCCCGCCGGUCGGUGGCAAGCUGGACAAAGUGCCGUUGAUCGGUGACGCAGAAGUCCGACAUGGUCAGACACAGGCACCGCCGUCGUAUCACCCAAAGUUCUUGGAGACCGGCGACGGUGGUUUGCCGAACUCAAACAACAGCGAUAACGAUGACGACGCGCCGGUAAAAACAUGCUACUAUAGCUCGCCCGAGUACAGACAAGGGAUUCAAAAGAUGGUCAGAAUCACUGCAAUCUUGUUUGGGGUCUUACUGAUUCUCUAUUUCGCUAUCGAUACUUUGUGCAAGUCUUACGCCCAAGAAUUACAACAGAAGCAACAGGAUACCGUCACCGAGGACGACGCCACCGUGCCUUACAAGUCUUACUCGUCGUAUGCGGCCGCCGAGAGCGAUAUGCUGUCGUUGCCGUCGUCUCCGGAGCCGAGUAACGUGGUCAUUUAUGUGUACACCGAUCCGUCUUUAGAAACCGUUAGCAAGGAGCCGAUCACCAUCAGUAAAUCGGCCCGUUUCUUGCACGAUUUCAGCAUCAACAUCACCGGCAUCAUCGACUUUGAAAGCCAACGUUGUUAUGUUAUGCCACUGCUUCGCAAUUCUGUUGAGCCGCCCGAGUCUCUGUACGAUAUGUUGGUUAAAAUGUCAUCAGGAUACUAUUCCAUGGACAUUAACAAAAUUCUUAGUAACUUUUGCAUGGUCAAGCCGGCGAUCAGCGAUCUCUCUGACUAUGGCUUGUACAUUUCUAAAGACUGUGCUGACUAUCCUACUUUCAAACUGGAAAAAGACAUUGUAACCGAAUCCCCAUAAGAUGUUUAUUAACUUCCACAUUCAUCGACGCACUUUAACAACCAAUUAUAAUACCUAAUAUGGUAUAUUACUUAAAUAUUCUUCUUUUACAUUUAUAAUAAACACUUGUGUGCGUUGACUACUCAGCUGUGGACCAUUAAUUCUGUUACCAAUUUUGACUAAGUUCCUUAGCUGUAUUGUUCCUAUUAUUUUCUUUUCUCAAUCUUCAGAAAGUGCACCAUUAUUAAUGUAAUUUAUUGUAUGAUUUAUUUUUUGUAUACAAUUUCAGCUAUCCAAACUUAGAGAUUUUAACAUAUUAUUAGCAUCCAUUCAACGAUACAAUUAUACUAUAACAUUUAACUUUUACUAUCCUGUCAACAUUUAUAGUAUUUAAUUGUUUUUUAAUAUAUACAUUAAGAUUGUAGAUUCAUUUUUUACAUUUUUGUUUGCAUGAUUAUAGACUGUAAUUUUCUUGCUGAGUUAAGGAAUGUAAACAAUAUCAUGAUUGUCAAUGGAGUAUGAAUAUAAUAUUAAAGUAAAAUGAUAGUUACAAUGAUUUUUAUCUGUAUUUCCCAUGACUGGUGUAUGACAAAUCAUAGAUGUUUUUUUGCCAUAUAAUAAUAAUUAUAAUGUUAGUUACGUGUUAAUCAUAAACUUUUAUGAGUAUCUGUUAUGUUUAGCACUUAAUAUUAUAUUAUUUAACUUUAGCAAUGGUAAAAUUAAUCUUAAUACCGAUAUUCUAUGACAUUAAAUAAUAUGUA